AAUAAAUGUGUGAAAAUGAGUACUACAUUAUUUCAGAAUGAGUCUUACGUUAUUUUAAAAUGAGUACCACGCUAUUUCAAAAUUAAUAGUUCUGUUUGUACGAGAAUGAGUACUACUUACUUCAAAAUGGGUACCACUUAGAUGUACCUAUUUCUAGGUACAGCCGGUUGUACCAUAUACCAUUUUCUAGGCGGCUAUGUUCAGUUCAGUAAAACCCAAACGUUCUCCCAAAUUCGUUUCGCCCUCUCAGCUUUUUAGCUCUACACAGUAGUGGCGAUGAGCGCAUGUAAAACCCUAGCCCGUGCAUCACUCUCUCGGAUCCAAUGGAAACCUCGAACCUUGGCCAUCCCUUUAAAGUUCCAUUCUCUUUCUCCUCUCUACCUCUGCAGGCUCCUUCCUCCCUGUCUAAGCUCCUUCGACCUCUCCUCUGUUCCAGGGUGUAGAAUUGAAGCUCGUAGUGCUAUUAUAAGGCGUUAUGGCUGCAGUGAAGCUGCAGUACCACUCGAAAUCGAGAGCUCCAAGAGUAACACUGAAGUAAGUUCAGACCAGAAGACCAGCCUUCAUGUUCCGGAAGACUCGUGUGUAGACACUGUGGUCGAAUUGCUUACAGAACAGAAAGAAGUUUCGAGGUUUAUGAAAAUGGAGCGUAGGCCCGAGGCGGAAGGCAAUGCUCAACUGCAGCGUUGGUUUCCAUAUUUGGAUAAAUUUAAAGUAGGAAGUGUGUAUUUGAGCAGUAAUGAGGUGUUGGAAGCUAUUGACCCUUACCUAAUGGAGGGGAGGAAGGAAAGGUUUCGGAAAGCUGUGAAGAACAGAACUUAUUCUGUUUGUUUGGUGGUGGAGGGUUUGAGUGAUUAUGGCAAUGUAUCUGCUGCGUUCCGUUCAGCAGAUGCACUUGGGAUUCAAUCUGUCCAUGUCAUUUCCCGUGACAGCUCAAAAAGGUACAGGGACAAUCGCCAUGUUAGUAUGGGGGCAGAAAAAUGGUUGGAUAUUGAACUGUGGAAUUCUCCACUCGAAUGCUUUAGAGUUUUGAAGUCACGUGGUUAUCGCAUUGCCACUACACAUGUUGGAAUGGAUGCGGUAUCAAUAUAUGAUAUGGACUGGUCAUGCCCAACUGCGAUUGUUGUUGGAAACGAGCAUAAGUAAUCCUAAUCCUCUCCUUGAGUGUCUGCAUUAUCAUUGGGACCACUUUCUUUCCUGCAUAUAUGAUGUAUUUGUUUUUGGAUCUUGGGUACUAGUAUCAAUUGCCAUAACUUUUUCUUUUAGGGUUUGCUUAUAUAAAAGCUAGAAAUUUGGAAUUUCAUGUUUCAAAAUUUUUUUAUAUUAAAGAUACAUUACAAAGAUGUAUUUUGAUAGGUAAUAAUUCUUUAAUUAUUACCAAUAAUGCUUUUAAUAUACUAAUAUUAUAUAUUAGACUCGAAAGCAAAACGGAGCCAUAUAUGUUCCAAACAAAACAAGAGCCAAAUAAGAAACAUAUAUGCUUUUAAACAAAACAAUUGCGAAUGACACUAAAAAGACCUCUCAUCAAAUUACCAUUUCAACCAACUUGAUGAGGUAAAUGCUAUGGGUAAACAGAUGUCUUUAACCUACUUGUUGUGAUCCGGGUGCAAAGAUCACUGUGAUGAAUUAUCAACUUCUUAUUUGAGUUGUCAGGUUAUGGGAAAUUUGAUGUUGAAGCCUAGCCAGUUAGCACAGGAUUAAGAGCCUUAGAUCCAAUGUGCAAGACCUCAUCCCGAGUCUCCAGAAGAGACGAAUGUGAAAGUAUGGUGGAUGGGGAUUCAACCUAACCUACGCAAAGAGGGGGAUAAGUGGAGAACACAGGCUGAAGCAUAUGCGUACAAUAAGUUAUUACUCCAGAGAUGAUAUGUUGUACUUAUAAUCCUUAUAAGGGAAAAUGAAGAGUCCUAGACAAAUAAGGGAAGCGAGAUCCAAACUAUUACAAAAUUACAAAGAUAGAACACUAUAAGCAAAUAGGAAUACUAAUAAAAGGAAAUAAGCAGAUAACUUGUGCGACCCUUCAUAAAGCUUGGGCUGAUCUGGUGUGUUCCUGGCCAAAACUACGCGUCAAAGGCCGCUCCUUUUGACUCGAUGGCUUGACGGGAAUGUUUGGCUUCCCUGUAUUUUAUUAAUCUAUUCUGUGUAAGAACAGAGGGAGGCCCAAGAGAGAGCGGUAGAUUGAGGUGCACCAGCGCACCUCAGAGGAAAUAUCCACCCAACUGUGCUGUCAAAUAGGCAUCUUUUCUACUGCUUGAAGAUUUGGCAUUCCGGAACAAAUUCAGCUGCCAUUUUUUCCAUCAUGCCUUAUAAAAUACCCAAUGCACUAAUUUGGUUGUUUUUUCAUCCUCCUUAUGGGAAACUCUUAUACGACUAUGCUCUGAGAUUUUGAGAGUGCCUUCCUCAUCAAACCAUAGCUGUGAAAUGUACGCCUGAAGCAUGUGGCUCAGGAGUAGGUGCAUCAGUAGGACUGAUGCGGCAGUGAUUGAAAGGCGCAUGCUUAGCUGCGCAUUAGCGCCUUAUGUGCACAAAGUGAGGUGCUGCCGAGCUGCCUCAAGGAUGCAUACUUUUUUCUUAACUAAUUACUUUAAAAAAGAAUUCUAAGGUUAUUUACUGUCAUCAUCAUUAUCAUCUGUUAUUCCUACUAUUAUUACUCUUCGCUU